AUGUUGCACGCAAGUAACGGUGGAGGCUACAACCUCAAGACUCCCUUCAUGACCGGAAGUCUCCUCCAACAGCGUGUCGAGGCCGAGAAGCAAGAAAUCGAAAACAUGAAGAUGCAGCUCAAGAUGCGCGAACAGGCAGGUGUCCUCGGUUCAAGAAACAUCAACAACACCGGUGACUCGUCGCUCUCCCUCCUCUCUCCUGGUCUUCUCACGUCACAUUAUCAGCAAGGUGGUCAUGGUCGUGGUCUUUCUUCUACCAGUUCAGCUACCUCGAUUUCCUCAGCAACAUCGCCUUACGCAUACCAGCAGCAGCAACAACAGCAGCAAUCGAUGCAGUCCCAUUUCUCUCCCAAGUUUGGCGGUCCCGGUACUUUGAUCGAGCAGGGUGAAGUCCGAGCAGCUCAGCUCAGUCGAUCCAAGAGCGCAGGUACCGGAUUGCUUCGUCCAACCAACGGUGGUAGCAACAACUCUGGCACGAGCAGCAGUAGCAGCAGUCCCCGCUCAAGGUCAAGAAGCCGUGGCCCAGGAGAAGAUCGAGUCGCCUAUGGUAGACCCAUCUCCCCAAGCUCCCCUCGAUCACCAGACUUUGCUCCACCCGUGCCACAGGGACCUCUCCUCCAGUUCGCCCAUGCCGAUGCCAUGAUCCAGCCUGGAUUGCUGCUCGACCGAGCCCGUUCGACCAAGCAGCCAUCGUACUCGAACCAUAUGAUGAGCAGUUCUUCCAGCAGCCAGCGUCAACAGCCAUCAGCUGGUUCUAGACGCCCUGGUCCCGGACAGAGUCAGAGUCAGAGUCAGAGUCAGAGUCGUGGUCGCGUGAAGCCCUUGAUCGACUUGGGCAACAUUCACACGGGCGCAGAUGUGAUUGGCCCUGGCUUGCUUACCAAUGGCAGCAACAACUACACCACCCACAAUGCUGCCCCCUCUGGUUCGCGUGCUCAUUCUUCACGGUCGCCUCGCCGGCCCAAGCCUCUGUUGGACUUUUAG